AUGGAUUCCCUCUGGCUUGUGCUGCUGGUGACCGCCACCUAUGUGGCACAAGGUAACACCCUGAAAUGCUACACCUGCAAAGAGCCAACUGACAUCUAUGAGUGCAGGAACAUCAGUACCUGUAACCACUGGGAGACUUCCUGUAAGACCCAACUGGAGAAUGUGGAGUCAGAAUAUCCAUUUUAUAACAAUGCCAAAGUGACCCGUUCCUGUUCUUACAACUGUGUGGCUACAGACCCUGAUACCAUCGGUCUUGCCCACCCUGUUUCCUGCUGCUACAGAGACCUCUGCAACACAGAUAGCGCCACAGGAGAUGGGACCAAGCCCAGCGCCCUGCUAAGACUCACAGUCCUUGCCAGUUUCCUCUGCCUGAUAUCCUUAUUGGGGAUGGUCCCAUAG